AUGACAGCCAGCGAUCACAUUCACCCGUCUGAGCGGGUUCGAUGACAAAGAAACUUGCUUGAUUGGUGCUUUUUUUGCAGGGAGCCUCGGCGACACUCGGAGAGAUUGAAGACGAUUUGAUGGGAUGGGGCGAUGAUGAUCUCGACACCACUUUGAAGCAGGUACUGACAAUGUGUUCUUCUGCAACAAAAACCAUUCAAUCCCUCUUUUUGCAGCAUCGCGAGGAGCAGCACCGACAGCUCCAGCUGGAACACGAGCGUCGUCUUCACCAGAAAAAGAUGCAAAAUGCGGCCACACACCAUCUCUGA